GAGGCGGCGGCGGCGGCAGCGGAGAGAGCGGAGGAGGGAGGGAAGGCAGGAAGGGGACAGCCGAAGGCCGGGCUGGGUGGCUAGAUCGGGUGCUGGCUGCGCUGCGCUGUUCUCGGCUCCGACGGCCUCUCCCAUGCGCUGAGGGCGCCCGGCUAGGCCGGGCCGGCGGCCGGAGAGGAGGCUCCUCUCCAUGGUCCAGAAGACCAGCAUGUCCCGGAGCCCUUACCCACCCUCCCAGGAGAUCCCCAUGGAGGUCUUCGACCCCAGCCCACAGGGCAAAUACAGCAAGAGGAAAGGGCGGUUCAAACGGUCAGAUGGGAGCACGUCCUCGGAUACAACAUCUAACAGCUUUGUCCGCCAGGGCUCAGCAGAGUCCUACACCAGCCGGCCAUCAGACUCUGAUGUAUCUCUGGAGGAGGACCGGGAAGCCUUGAGGAAGGAGGCAGAGCGCCAGGCGUUAGCUCAGCUUGAGAAAGCCAAGACCAAGCCAGUGGCAUUUGCUGUGCGGACAAAUGUCGGCUACAAUCCAACUCCAGGGGAUGAGGUGCCUGUGCAGGGAGUGGCCAUCACCUUCGAGCCCAAGGACUUCCUGCACAUCAAGGAGAAAUACAAUAACGACUGGUGGAUCGGGCGGCUGGUGAAGGAAGGCUGUGAGGUUGGCUUCAUCCCCAGCCCUGUCAAACUGGACAGCCUGCGCCUGCUGCAGGAACAGAAGCUGCGCCAGAACCGCCUCAGCUCCAGCAAAUCAGGUGACAACUCCAGUUCCAGUCUGGGAGACGUGGUGACUGGCACCCGCCGCCCCACACCCCCUGCCAGUGCCAAACAGAAGCAGAAGUCGACAGAGCAUGUGCCCCCCUAUGACGUGGUGCCUUCCAUGAGGCCCAUCAUCCUGGUGGGACCGUCGCUCAAGGGCUAUGAGGUUACAGACAUGAUGCAGAAAGCUUUAUUUGACUUCUUGAAGCAUCGAUUUGAUGGCAGGAUCUCUAUCACUCGUGUGACGGCAGACAUUUCCCUGGCUAAGCGGUCAGUCCUCAACAACCCCAGCAAGCACAUCAUUAUUGAGCGCUCCAACACACGUUCCAGCCUAGCUGAGGUGCAGAGUGAGAUUGAGCGAAUCUUCGAGCUGGCCCGGACCCUUCAGUUGGUUGCUCUGGACGCUGACACCAUCAACCACCCAGCCCAGCUCUCCAAGACUUCGCUGGCCCCGAUCAUUGUUUACAUCAAGAUCACCUCUCCCAAGGUACUUCAGAGACUCAUCAAGUCCCGAGGGAAGUCUCAGUCCAAACACCUCAAUGUCCAAAUAGCAGCCUCGGAGAAGCUGGCACAGUGUCCCCCGGAAAUGUUUGACAUUAUCCUGGACGAGAAUCAAUUGGAGGAUGCUUGUGAGCACCUGGCCGAGUACUUGGAAGCCUAUUGGAAGGCCACACACCCGCCCAGCAGCACGCCGCCCAAUCCGCUGCUGAACCGCACCAUGGCUACCGCUGCCCUGGCUGCCAGCCCUGCCCCUGUCUCCAAUCUCCAGGGACCCUACCUUGCUUCCGGGGACCAGCCGGCCACGGGGGAGCGCGCCAGCGUGCACGAGUACCCUGGGGAGCUGGGCCAGCCCCCGGGCAUGUACUCCAGCAGCCGCCCACCAGGCCGGGCAGGCACCCUGCGGGCACUGUCCCGACAAGACACAUUUGAUGCCGACACCCCCGGCAGCCGAAACUCUGCCUACACGGAGCUGGGAGACUCGUGUGUGGACAUGGAGACCGACCCCUCAGAGGGGCCAGGGCUUGCAGACCCUGCAGGGGGCGGCACCCCACCAGCCCGGCAAGGCUCCUGGGAGGAUGAGGAAGAAGACUAUGAAGAGGAGCUGACCGACAACCGGAACCGGGGCCGGAAUAAGGCCCGCUACUGCGCAGAGGGUGGGGGUCCAGUUCUGGGGCGCAACAAGAACGAGCUGGAGGGCUGGGGGCGAGGCGUCUACAUCCGCUGAGAAUUAGAGGCCACAGCGUGGGAGGAAGGGCGCAGAGCCCAGGGAAGGGGAGGGACCGAGGGGCUCACCACCUGGGAUGUAUCUUGCCUCCAGGGGGCGGUGUCGCCCUCUUUUCAGAUGCCUUUGCUCAAUGUUCGGGGUUUCUUUGGUGAUAUCAUUCCCAGCUCCGGGGAGGCCCUU